AUUUUGCACGCGACAAAAGUCCGGAUCAGUUGCGAUCCACCCAUAACGCGAUAAAAAAAAGACCGAAAAGAUAACAAAAUCAUAACAAAUAAGGAUGAAAGGUGCUAGUGUGAGCUUUCUCAUCUCAUUCGUGCUAAUAGCAAAUUUGCAGAAUACUGAAAGUAAAAAAUAUUCCUUGGAUGAAAUUAAAGUCGCUCUGAAGCCGGUGAGCGAUAUUUGCAUCGAAAGGGUUGGCGUCAAUCCAAAGAUAAUUGAGGAUGCAAACAACGGAAAACUUGUUCCCGACCGGAAACUGCAAUGUUAUUACAAGUGCGUGAUGCUGAUGACAAAAGUUAUGAAAAAUGAUAAAAUAGUGGAGAAAGCACUCCAGAAUAUCGUAGAGCUCAUGUUAGUCGAAGAACUUCAGACUAUUGCUUUAGGAGCACUCAAACAUUGUCAAUCAACCCUAUCGAAGUCGAUGGAAGGAUGUGAAUUAGCAUAUGAGUCGGUUAAAUGCUUACUCGACUAUGAUUCGACGUUUGUUCUUCUGUGACAAUAUCUCUUCUCAAUUCUCCAGCGCAUUUGGAUAAUUCUGGAAGCUAUUUUGACUCAACUUGACAUCGAAGUAAAAUAGA